CUGACUGGGCUGUUUAAAGGAAACAUCUUCAUCCUAAGGCGCAGCAUACUUUUCAUUUAACUGUUAUCCAUGAGAUUCUUCAGGCUUACCUUCAAGUGCUUCGUCGACUGCUUUUGAAUCUCCUUUGUCAACGUCUCAACUGACUGCGGCGCCUUGUGAAAUUUUCCCAUCUCUUGGCUGAGCUGAGGGUUUCCAACGUGUGAUAAUCAUACAAACUGCGACUUUGUUUUUUAAUUUCAAGAAGGCGAAAUAACAAACUCAGAAUCAAAAAGACGAGCGGAGCACUGCCUCCUGCGGCUGCACCCUUGUGCCUGCCCCGCCGGGUGCCUUGUUAGCUAGGCACAUCCAGAAAACUUCAGCAGCGCCCGGCGCCACCGACACCCAGCUUGCGUUUGGAAAGAAUUAAAUAGAUUUUUUGUGCCGCUGCCCAACAACAUGUCACCCGAGUUGGAAGAGAACAGCCAAGGUGAAAUCAGUCUCCCCCAGUUAGAGGCAGGGACCCUGUCCGAGGAGGAGGGCGGGUCUGCUCGCCCCCUCGUGCCCGUGCCUGGAGCGGGCCCAGGCUGUGGUGAGGGCGGAGGGGCCGGCCCACCGCAGCCCCAGGACGGGGCUGCAACCGGGACUGGAAAUGGGGCUGUAGCAGUACCAGCGGUGGAGAGAGAAACCUGGACCAGACAGAUGGACUUCAUCAUGUCCUGCGUGGGUUUUGCGGUCGGUUUGGGCAACGUGUGGCGGUUCCCUUACCUCUGCUACAAGAACGGAGGAGGGGUUUUUCUGAUCCCCUACUUGCUGAUUGUGUUCAUCGGGGGCAUCCCAGUCUUCUUCCUGGAGAUUGCACUGGGACAGUUCAUGAAGCAGGGAGGGGUCUCUGCGUGGAACAUCGCACCCCUCUUCAAAGGUCUGGGCUUGGCCUCAAUGGUGAUAGUCUUCUUCUGUAACACCUACUACAUAAUGAUUCUGGUGUGGGGCCUGUAUUUUCUCUUCCACUCCUUCACCAACCCGCUGCCCUGGGCCACCUGUGGACACCCCUGGAACACCCCCAACUGUACGCAAGAUUUCCGCCGCGCCUGCCACAAUCGCAGUGCUGCCCAGUCGGGUCUGCCAUCAUCUGCUGCCACCCCCUCCAAUCUCCUCUCGUCCACGUCCCCGUUGAACCUGUCUUCAGCCCAGCUCCUCCUCAACGGCAGCUGCACAGAGGCUGAGGGCAUGCGCUCCCCAGUCAUCGAGUUUUGGGAACGUAAAGUGCUCCGUCUGUCUGGCGGGCUGCACGAGCCUGGUGACAUCAGCUAUGAGAUGGUGCUGUGUCUCAUAGCCACGUGGAUCAUUGUUUACUUCUGCAUGUGGAAAGGAGUUAAAUCUACUGGCAAGGUUGUGUACUUCACAGCUCUGUUCCCCUACCUGGUCCUGGUCGUUCUUUUGGCCCAUGGAGUCACUCUACCUGGAGCUUUAGAUGGGAUCGUUUACUACCUGAAACCAGACUGGUCCAAACUUGGAGAAGCACAGGUGUGGAUUGAUGCCGGCACUCAGAUUUUCUUCUCUUAUGCCAUUGGACUGGGCGCCCUCACUGCACUGGGCAGCUACAACCGCUUCCAUAACAACUGUUACCAGGAUGCAUUCUUGCUGGCCAUCAUUAACAGCGGAACCAGUUUCUUCGCUGGCUUUGUGGUGUUCUCUGUGCUGGGCUUCAUGGCUGCAGAGCAAGGCGUGGACAUCAGUAAGGUAGCUGAGAGCGGUCCAGGCCUGGCCUUUAUAGCCUACCCCAAGGCUGUGACUCUGAUGCCUCUGGCGCCACUCUGGGCUGCACUUUUCUUCUUUAUGUUGCUCAUACUGGGCCUGGACAGCCAGUUUGUAGGGGUAGAGGGUUUGAUAACGGGAAUCAUGGACAUGUUACCCCCUAAAUCUGCCCUGGGCUCUCUGCGGCGAGAGGUGGUAGCGGCCAUCUGCUGCGUCAUCUGCUUCCUCAUCGACAUGUCCAUGGUCACUGAGGGAGGGAUGUAUGUCUUCCAGCUGUUUGACUACUACUCUGCCAGUGGCAUCACUCUGUUGUGGCAGGCCUUCUGGGAGUGUGUGGUGAUUGCAUGGGUCUAUGGCGCAGACCGUUUCAUGGAUGACGUGGCUCGUAUGAUCGGCUAUCAGCCCCUGCCCUACAUGAAGUGGUGCUGGUCCUACAUCACGCCUUUUGUCUGUGUGGCAGUGUUCCUGUUCCACGUGGUGAACUACAAGCCCCUGACCUACAACACAGUGUACACUUACCCCUUGUGGGGUGAAGUGCUUGGCUGGACAUUGGCCCUGUCCUCCAUGCUCUGUAUCCCUCUCACUGUUCUUUACAAGCUACUGCGCUGCAAAGGAUCAUUGCGGGAGCGGUGGCAGCACCUAACCACCCCGGUUUGGGGCAGACAUCACCUUGAGUACCUGGCCCCGGAAAGCGAGGCCAAACUGCUGCCCCCUGCAGGAACCAAGAGUACGCUGCUCUUUGAAAGUGUCAUCUGACGAGCUGAGCCCCUGCAGAACACAGAGCCAAGGUUGCCCUUGGAAUCAGCACACACAUACACAAGCUACACGUGAUACAUGCACACCACACAGGCCUGGUAAGAGCAAAGCGCAGAUUGGCUGCACACCCCACACAGGUUUAAGGCUGCAGAAAAGCCCUGGACAAAUGGACCAAAGAUUAGAUGCGAGAAAAACUGAAACACAUUCACACAGUCAUCACAUGCUGAUACACCCUCUGCUCUGCUUUCUGACUCUACCUCGCUGACUCUCCUCUCUUUCUCUCUCUGCUCCCUGCCUUUGUGCUGUCCCGUCCCGUCUCGUCCUGUGAGUGUGACGUGUCCGGUGUAGUCGUGAUAUCCUUCCUUUCCGUGCCUCUGUCUGUCAGGGUUUCAACAGCCUCAUCUGUCCCAAAAUGUCAUGCCAUUUUGUGCUGAAUGAACAUAAAAGAUCCUGAUAAAACUUUCUAAAUGAAAGGCCUCAUACCUGCUGCUGAUAUGCCAUGGUCUGAAUGUGUGUGUGUGCGCGCGUGCAUGCGUGUGUGUAUUGGCAUGCGCAUGUGUCUCUAAAAAGCAGUGUGUGUUGGACCGUGGCAGCGGUGUCUUCAUUUACAUGUGACAUUGCCUUUCGCCAUUGUUUUCUGUAUCCUCUUAAUUAACUGUACAAAAAUAACUUCCAUUUGUAAAAAAAAAAAAAAAAAGAACAAUCAAAAAGAGACAAUGCAUCACCACUUCCAGCUGUGUGUUAUGAACUAACUUAAGUAUCCAGUGUAUUGUAGGGUCUGUGAAUCAGUGUUAACAAUAUUUGGAGGGGGUGAUGAUCAGUAUUUCCACCUUAAAGAGAGGGAGAGAGCCUUUAGACUGAAUUGUGAAAAAGAGCA